AUGGAAAAUCAAAGGCUGCUGCCCACCUCGGCCCUCAAGAUGAACAGGGAAGUCGGCUUCCACGUGCCCCUCUUCGGGGGUGCUCCGGACCCCCGCGCCAGGUGUGCGGACGGCGGGCAGCAAGGACCGGCCGCUAGCCCGAGGCCCAGGCCCGCCGCCCCCACGCCGCCCGGCCGGCCUGGUCGGCUCGCUCCUCUCCCCCGCGCCAGCCGGGACUCCGGGCUCCGCCAACCGGCCCCCGCGGAACAAGAAGGCGGCGGCCAGCGACUCCCCUCCCCCGCGGCCUCCGCUCUCCACUCCCGCGCCCCCGCUUACCCUCAACUCUUCGAAAUCCGCCAUUUUAUAUCACCCGCGGGCGCCGCCGCUGCUGCCGCCACCGCACCCCCUCCCACUGCCACCAACGACGCCGCCGCCACCACGGCCGCCGCCUCCAGCACCAUCCUGCACUGGGCGCCGCUUAAGACGCCGCGGCCGCUACCGCUGCCGCCGCUGCCGCCGCCGCCGGCCCGUCAUGUGACCAGCGCGGGAGCCCCGCCCCUCGCUGUGCCCCCUGCCCACGCGCGCGCGGCCGCCUUGCGCCCGCCCGCUCCUGCGCCGGCCCGUGCCGCGCACGCCUCCGCCGUCCAGGGCUGCGGCCUGGCCUCGCUCAGCUCGCGUUGUGCCUCCCCUCCCCGCGCCGAGGCCGGUGCCGACUCCCUCCCUGAGGCGCCGUCGCGACUGCGGCAUUACCCGCGGGCCUGGAGGAGGGCCUGGCCUCGCGAAGCGGCGGAGAAGAAGAGGAGGCGACUGGGACUCGUGGCAGGAGCAUGCGGGAAGAUUCUUACGGUGCCCUCCACACGGUGGCUGUGGAUGGAGGAGCAGCCGCAAACAAAACCAUCCCCCAGAGUAGUUGUGGCGGAACAAUCUAAAUAUAAGUGUUGGGGCAGCUGAAUGUCAAGGACGGUGUCGAAACAGUUGGGGGGUGGGGCUGGGGGAAAUGUGAAAUAAGAACGUUCAGAAGAGCCCUGAUAAAAAAGUCGAGGGGUCAGGGAAAUCUAAUAGCUAGGAAAGAAUGAAAUACGAGGAAGAGUAGGUGGAAGGAAGCUUCAUGGCUCCCCAGACGUGCUGAUAAAGGAUGAGAGAAGAUGCUGAGUCAAGCUGCUCCAAAACAUCGCGGGAAGGAGUCGGGUGUCAGGUUUCCUAAAGAGGUGGGUGGAACCCUCCCGUGAAAACUUUAAAACAAUGUAACUUACACGGCCCCGUUUAAUAUGGCUCCUAUCUAAUAUCUCUUCCCACUGCCCUUCGUUCCCCAACACUGCAGUUCUUCCAGUUCCUCCUUCAAAUUUCCCUUCCACCCCUCCCCCUCCAAGCUUUAAGACCUCUAAAUGUUGCUCUUUGGCCCAAGAAUAAUUUCCCACCCGCCUGUAACUCCCUGUUCAUCCUUCAAGUCUCACUUUAACUGUCACUUCUUCAGAUUUUCCCUCGCCCACAUCCCCCAUUCUCAUUCAAACCCCUCUCAUGACUUUUCAUAGGACCUUGAACUUUUCCUUCAUAACAUGUCACCAUGUUAAUUAUGUAGGUAUUUGUAUGAUUAUUAUAUAUAAUUAAAAUUAGGGUUGAAAAAUUUAUCUUAAAAAAAUUUAAACCCACUAAAAUGUACCGACUGAUAAAUGCCUGACAAAUAGUUGUUUAAUGAAUAAAGGAAUGA